CUCCUAUGUAUGAGGACAACAGUUUCUCGAGAAUCUCGUCCUCCUGAAUCCCUCGUUUACACAGUGAAGACCCUGCGAUACGGCUGAAUCCCGGGGAAAGGCGCACGACCCACAUGGUGAAAAUCCGUCUGGCAUAGAUGCAUACGGAAUGCAUAUCGACGACUAUCAGCUGGACCCCGAUCCCACCCAGCUGGAAAAAUAAAAUAAAAAAAUAAUAAUAAACGCCGCCGCUUAUCAAACUUUUGCCGGCUUUUAUUCUACUUUUGCAUGGAAUGCGAAGUUGACGAAUCCCCGUCGUCGUGUUUAUCAGCUUCGGGUCUGUGCUGCUUGUCGUAUAUUACUUUUUUAAUGCCCAGUAUUUAUUUGUCGGAUUGCUGGUGGAUCACAUUUCUUGUCUGACAAGCAGUUAUUGUUGUUUGGUAGUCUCAUGAAGGGGACCGAGUUGUCGUCUUUUAACCAACGCCCGCGGCGGCAGAAUGUCGCUCGUUCGGCGACUAUAGCGCUGCUGGGUUUAGCUGGGCUGUUGUGGUGGGGGAAUAAUUAUAAACAUAUUAAUGAGGGUCAUAAUGUGAACCCUCUCGAUGGUAUUCCGGGGUCAGGGUUUAGUUGGCAUCAGAUCGUACCAUCUCCUUCGAUUGAAUACCAUGACUGCUUCGAUGGCUUCCAAUGUGCCCGACUCGAGGCCCCAAUGGACUACAACCGCGCUGAUGGACAAGGCCGUCGCGUUGCCGUUGCAUUGACUCGAUUACCAGCCAAAGUGUCUGUUACGGAUCCGCGAUAUGGAGGAGCGGUUUUGAUCAAUCCUGGAGGCCCCGGAGGAUCAGGCGUAAUGCAAGUCCUAGUAGCCGGACGGGAUCUACAAAUGAUCGUUGACGCCGAAGAAAACCCUGACACAACCGAAAACACAACCCAAGCCAAAUACUUCGACGUGAUAGGCUUCGACCCGCGAGGCGUGAAUAACACAACCCCCGGCUUCAGCUGCUUCCCCGAUCUGUCCUCGCAGGUGACUUGGGAAUUGCAAAUGGAAGCAGAUGGGAUGCUGGGCAGCUCGGAGAGUUCGUUCAUGCGUCACUGGCAGCGAGCGCAGGCGCUGAACCAAGGAUGCUCAUUGAAUCUCGCGACACCUCCAGCCGGUGAAGAUGAGGCCCUAGGGAGCCAUGUCAACACUGUCCCCGUCGCACGGGAUAUGCUCGAAAUCACCGAACGCCACGCAGAAUGGCGCGAGAAACAAGGACAAAUACAACAAGCCCUUUACGACAGAACACACGGCCACGAUCCAGAACAACACAUAAUAAAUCACACCCGCUGGCACCGCAACCACGAAAAACUCCUCUACUGGGGCCGCUCCUACGGCACAGUCCUAGGAACAACCUUCGCAACCAUGUACCCAGACCGGAUAUCCCGCAUGGUCCUCGACGGCGUCGUCGACGUCGACAAAUACUUCACUGGGAUAGGCCCAAACCCAAUUCGUGACGCAGAUGCCAUCUUCGAUAAAUUCAGUCUAUACUGCGACGAAGUCGGACCAGAGUCCUGCCCACUGUACACUUCCGGCGGACCAACAUCCAUCAAAGAGGCAUUCCUAACCCUCGACGAGAGAGUACAUAAUGCCUCGAUCCCGGUAAUGGCGUCGUCAACCCACGGACCGGAGGUUAUCACCUGGACUGAUAUCCACAAUCUCCUCCGUGUCGCCCUGUAUCAACCGAUAUUCGCAUUCCCUCUGUUCGCGCAGUACCUGGCUCAACUUAGUAACGGCGAUGGCUCGGCGAUGGUAGAUUUUAAACAGGGGAAUCACCGCUCCUCGUGCCCGUCGAAUCAGUGUCAAAUGACCGGGCCGUGGUCGACGGCGUGCCGGGAUCCGGGGGAGAAUGAGAGCUAUGCGACUGCGGCCAUUCUGUGCUCGGAUGCGGAGUAUAUGGGUGAUGUUGAUGAGGGUGGGUUUAGAGAGUAUUGGGAUGGAUUGAAAGGGGAUAGUAGGAUGCUUGGGGAUUACUGGGCGCAUAUUAGGAUGUCUUGUGUUGGGUGGAAGGCUAGGGCGAAGUGGAAGAUACCAGGCCCCUUCGCAGCAACCACAUCCAACCCCCUCCUCCUCAUCAGCAACACCCUCGACCCCGUAACACCCCUCUACGGCGCAGAGAAAAUGUCCCAGAACUUUCCCGGUUCUGUCGUUCUGCGACAGGAUUCUGAAGGCCAUACAUCCGGCGCAUCACCAUCCCUCUGCAUUGCGAGGGGUAUUCGGCGGUAUUUCCAGACUGGUGAAUUACCUGAUAAGGAUGUUUUUUGUGAGGCGGAUUUGAAGCCGUUGCUUGGGUCAAUAACGGUGGAGAUGAUAGAAAAGGAGGAGGGGGGUAUGACGGGGGGUGAGAGGGUGUUGAUGCAGGCGAUGAUGAACGAGGUGCGGAGGCUUAGGAGGGGGCCGUUAUAAUGUUGAUACUGGUAGAUGCUGUGCAAUGCAUUUGAUAUAUAUAAUGCUGCAUGGGUUUGAAUUGAGAUAAGAUGAGUCCAGUUCACUUGCUACGGUUGCUUUCUUGAACACUACAUACAUCUAUAUUUACCUGUCGCUGUAAUUUGAAUUCCUC